UCCCUCUGCCUUUACGAACGUGCAAGCCUGGACGGUGUAGUUAAACUUGAGCGCAACUUGGGGAAAACGACUCCUGAGAGGAGUCUGGCGUGUACUGUCCAUUAUUUUGGGGCAGGCGAAAUAAUCAAAAGUAUGAUUUCAAAGGAAAGUGAACAGUUAAACCGUUAACCUGACAGUUCAAAAGAUUUAUUGCUUUAAUAAACAGUCACUGGUGGAAGAGAAGAAAUCAUAGCUAUGGAUACAGAACAACAGAAGCGUAAAGAAGAUAUACAAAAGUCUUUGGCAUUCAUUCAGUCGUCCUUGCCUUUCCCUGAGCCUGAGAGUUAUGAGGCAUUUCUGACUCAGCUAGUGUGUAACUUGCUGGAUGAGGGUAACACAGUGUUUCGCGAUGGGGAGUGGAGACAAGCAUCUAAACAUUACACUGAGGGAAUAAAUGUGGCUCGCUAUGCUCAGUCUGAAGCGUUGGUCAUUCCCACAGAACUGUUAGAGGGCCUGUAUGUAAACCGGGCAGCUGCGCACUAUCAUCUUGGGGAGUAUGAACGGGGAGUGCAGGACUGUGACAGUGCACUGUGUUUGUCAGAGGGAAGUCGCAGGGCACUCUACAGAAAGGCACUUUGUCUGAGAGAGCUGGGCCGACUCAGGGAAGCGUAUGAGUGUGGCACUGGAUGUCUACUCACUGCCCCUCAUGACAGGCAGGUCAGUGAGCUCGCACAAGAUCUAGCCAACAAACUUGGUUUGAAAAUCCGCAAAGCCUAUGUCAGCCCUCAGCUUGAUUCCACAUCAUCUGGGGCAGACGGCAACAGUGAAACUAAUUCUCCUACAGGGGAGACAUCAUCAAAUGGUCUUGAAUCUUUGACUGAUAUCGGAUCAGACCUGUCUAGUGCCCAAUGCAUCCCUGCACCUCUGGCCACACCAAUCCCAGUCAGCGAUGACCCACAAAUGCCCUCACUGAGCCCCAUUGUGGCCAAAGACAUGCCGGAUAGCCCAAGCCAGGAGCCUUCAGGGCGUGUACCAUAUUCUGUGCCUGUAUCUGAACACAUGGGUGAAUGUGUGAUGAAUGAGGAAUGUCUGGACAACUUGCUCGAAAGUAUUCCUAAGGGAGCCGAGGUCAGCGUGAACCCAGUUCAGGGAGCCAUUCCCACUAACCUCCCAAAUACAGCUGUGGGUUUGAGGCCUCCAUAUUCUCCAUCCUCCUCAACUUCUUUUUUUAACUCUGCUGUCAGUCCACUCCCAUCAUUGGAGCCCUUCUCAGUGCUGGGUCAAAGUGAAUCCUCUUCUCAGAUGAUGGACUCCCUCGGGUCCUUCAGCACUGGGACAGGAACAGAAGAUAGUGGAGGAAAGGCAGGGUGUGGAACUCUAAGCACAAGUGGAUUAGAUUCCCUCUCUGAGUACACACUUCCUGGUGGACGAAUAUCUCACAAUUUCAUUCCUGGUUUGAGAAAUCAUAAUUCCACCAAUGCAAACGGCCCAACAGGUACCAACCUUUCUCUGCUGUCACGAAACCCUCUGGCUGUCACCCAUGAGUUUAGACAGGCCUGUAAUGCCUGCUACAGUCGUAUAGGUCCCCGGGUCAUGGACUACCACUAUCAGCCAGAUGCAGCUCAUCGGUGUAAGAGAGACGUGCUUCUCUGUCGCCUCAAAUCAGCAGACGACCCCACCUGGAAAAGGGUGCGGCCCCGUCCUGCUCGUAACAACUUCCUAGGUGCAUUUGUUCUCUGCAAAGAGGUGCAGGAGCGUCAGGAGUGCCAAUAUGGUGAGAACUGCACUUUUGCUUAUUGUCAAGAGGAGAUAGAUGUGUGGACCCAGGAGAGGAAGGGAGCUCUAAGCCGUGAGCUUCUGUUCGACCCUCUGGGCACCAAUGAAAGACGGGCCCUCAGCGUCACCCGUCUGCUUCAGCUCCACAUGGGCAUGUUUAUGUUCCUCUGUGAGGAAUGUUUUGACAGUAAGCCUCGUAUCAUUAGCAAGCGAAGCAAAGAAAACCUCGCCGUGUGCUCCAACCUUACUGCACGACAUCCUUUUGAUGAUAAUAAGUGCCUGGUGCACGUGGUUCGCUCAGCAAAUGUGCGCUACAGUAAAGUACGCCCUCUUCACCCGCUCUGCCAGUUUGACGUGUGUCGACAUGAGGUGCGAUACGGCUGCCAGAGGGAGGAUAGCUGUUCCUUUGCACACUCGGUUAUAGAACUCAAGUGUUGGGUGCUACAGCAGGACACGGGUAUUACCCAUGAGGAGAUGGUGCAGGAGUCCAAGAGACACUGGCACAGACUGGAACAGAAUGCACAUAGACAAAAGCCCAUGUUUGAACCCCACCAACACAUUAAUAGUAGCAACAACAGCAGCGCUGUCAGCAGUAGUGCCAUUGUCUCUGGGGGUGUGGUCAGUGGGGGAGGAGACUGCAUUGGGGGCGGAGGCACAGUAGGAGGAGCACUGGUGGGAUGUGGACGGGGGCGUGGCCUGAAUCUGAAAAUGAAGUUUGUGUGUGGACAGUGUUGGAGGGAGGGCCAGGUCAACGAACCAGACAAAUCACUCAAGUAUUGCACUGCCAAAGCCAGACACAGCUGGACGAAAGAGCGCAGAGUGUUGCUAGUGAAAUCAUUUGAGAAGAAAAAGUGGGUGGUUGUGCGACCGCUGCCUUUUUCCCGUACCUACCCCCAACAAUAUGAUAUGUGUGUUCACGUCAUGAAACAGAAGAAGUGCCACUAUAUCGGGAACUGCUCUUUUGCACACAGUUUGGAAGAGAGGGAUGUGUGGACCUAUAUGAAAAACAACAGUUUGAGAGACAUGCAGCAGAUGUAUGAGAUGUGGCUAUCAUUGACCAAUCAGAAUCGCAGAGUAGAUGGCACCCUCAUGACUCCUCCAGAAGAAAAACAGAUCGCUAUGCCAACUGACUAUUCUGAGUCAAUGGUUGCGCGGCGGCUGUCUGGAGGUGCAGGGGAUCUGUGACCCACAACGUGGUUGUCUGGAUGAGACUUCCUGUUCAGAUGUUCGUUUUUAAGGCUCUUCCCCACUUUAUCAGUGCCACUCUGGGAAGUACCAGGUUCUGCUGCCCUGCAGGGCAGACUGCCGGACUAACAAAAGUGAUUGUUGCCACAUUCACACAUUUCACACACCACAUGCUUCAUUACUCAUUAACAAACACAUCUGCACACUCACCGACACGACACCCGGCACAGAAUCACAGGUGUCAUGUAUGUGAAAGUGCACACUGUUACUCCUGCAUCAAAGUUAGCAGACUUGAUGUUUUUUGAGUUGAUGAUGAAAUCACAUCCUCAAUCUCACUGUUCCCAUAGUGCUUUUCAAUAUCUGCAAGUUAAUUCCUCCACCUGUCAGUUUAAAGCACCAGUCAAGAAGCCACUCAUGUUUCGGUCAGCUAUGCAGCAUCAGAUGGCAGAUUUAUGUAGUGGUGCUUAACUCAGUUCCUGCCAUAUUGGUAGAGGAGUUUGAAUGUAUAGCCAACAGUGGCCAUUUACAAAAUUGAGAUUUGUUAGCUGUAGAAUGUAUUUGAUACAAUUGUGUAUAACUUUAAUACCCACCCCCAGCAUGACCGGAUCCAUCAGCAUAAGUAAAUGCAGUUACAGGUCAUGCAAGCCUUCAUUUUUUCAUUCGAUUUGAACUGGGUGAAGGAAAGUGAGUGGCACUAGUUCUUCGCCCCGGUCCAGUGUGAUCUGGCCAUUUGGUUCCAGUUCAACUGUGAUUGUUUUUGCUUAGAUUGAAUGCAGUUCAGAUGAUUUGAUGGUUGAAACAUAGUUCUGUGUUGACUUGUAGAUUGGAGUGCAUAAUCUAUACAAUCCAUAAACACACUGAAAGGAGACUCCUGCGAACUAAACCGUUCAGCGUGGUCCAGUACCUCAUUUAUUGAUGUCACAUUUUGAGCACGAUUGGAGACAAAUUAGCAGGAAAGUAGGCAAAACAUACCCGUGCCUGCCUAUGCAUAGUUGUAUUCAGUACCAUAAUAUACUGUUAAGACAUGUGUGCUACCCUUUGUAAGCCUUGUCCUUACACUUAGUGGACAUGAUAUAUAUAUAUAGUUAUACACACACAUACACGUAAAUAUAUCUACUAUAAUGGCAUACUACUAAUGAUUAUUAAUAAUUUAGCAGUUAAGCUUAAGUAUAAUCUUACCUUGUAUUGAUUACAUAGAAAUUCUUGUUAUUGAGCUAUGCUAUAUGACAUGUAUUGCUGAUUAAAUGGUUAGUGAUCUUUUUUUCUUUGAGUCAUUCCAGGAUUGUCAGUUUUGUGAGGUCCCAAAAACUGCCUCAAAUGUUUUAGAAACGUAUUUGAUGUGAAAUAUGCUAUAAGAUGAUUUGUUAUGGAGAAAUCUUUGAUGUGAAGAAGCAGAUUUGGUUCAUCAGAAUUGGUAGCCAUACUACAGAUCAGAUAAAAAGUGAUUCUAACUGGAUUGGAUACUAUGAUGGACAUUCUGGAAUGACCUAGUUGUACACUUUUACUGAGGGAUCUUAUUAUUACUACCGCUAUUAUUAUGAUAAUGAUUGCCAUUAUGACUACUUCUAUCUUAUAUGCUAUUGAUAUAUGUAUAUGUUAAUUGCUAUGUAUAACACUUUAAAUAUAUGUAUCCAUAUAAGAAUAUAAUACUUAACAGUGAAUUAUGUCUAUGUAUGCUUAGUGAACUGUCCAGAAGAAAGGAAUCAGAUUAUAUCAUUGAGAUUUUUGGGUAGUGGUCUGUUUAUGAUCUUUUAAUCUGAAAAUAAGUGGACGUAGUUGUUGGAUUUCUGAGUUCCUCUCAGUUUUGUUGGAGAAUGGGACACUCAUUUUAGUAGUACAGACUUUGUAGAAUGUGACAUCUUAACUAGCAAAUACACUUUCCACUUCUCUUUUUUUUUUUUUAUUCAGUAAACGUGUAUUUGCUGUACUGGGACGGAACACAAAGCAUACAUGGAUAUUUAUGUUUGUCUGCAUAGCGCCUUAUACAAUUUAUAUACCACAUUUAUAUACAAUUAUAAAUAACACAUAAUCCUACUCUUUCAGUAUAUUGAUAUAUAAACUGUUAGAAAAUAGAUUCAAGAGGAUGAAAAGCGUAUUGUAAAAUUUCCCUGGUUGUUUUUGUGAAGAUCGGGACUAAUGUAAUUGGUUUUGCACGCAACUCGGAGGAAUGUGAUUAGAUUGAGUUGUUGGCCUUCACUUUAGGCUACAGUUAAGGUGGAGUAGUGUGCAUAACUGCGGAGAGAAAGAACAAAUGGAGAAGCUCGGUUGACAGUCUCUAUUACUCAGACAUGAGAUGGGGUUUACAAUCAGUUAUAUUCAUAUCAAAGGGUUAGUACUGCUGGCCAUUGAAGGGCUGGAGCAAUGGUCAUCUACUCACUAUUCUCAUUCUCUGCUUGAGUUUAUCAUGAAAAUACAAUGGUAUGGGCUUCCUGGAGUAAAAACAAAGAUUGACCAUAAAUAUGUUAAGAAUCACCCAUAUUUGGCCUGAAAAGGCAAUGCAGGAUUUAACAAACAUGGUCCUUUUGUUACAGUGGAUUGAUUUUUCACUUGUUUAACAAGAUAACCAAUGAAAUCAGUUUUAGAGUAAUGAAAAGAUAAAACAACACCUGUUUUGUACUGUAUUUUUACAUUUGUUUGUUUUGUUUCUCUUUUUCCCUGGUUGGAAGUGAAAUAUGAUUACAGUGGACCAAAUCUCAUGAAUGUGUUUAACAAUAAAUAGACUGUUUUAGAA